AUGGAAUACAAACAUGAUAUCCCCCAGUCCAGCGAAAACACAUCACUACCUGCCUCGCUUCAGGUAGACUUUUCAUGGAAGAAGGGCCGAAGCAUCAUCACCGACAAAGCAAACCCUUCAGCGCCCAUCUACAACGUGCACUACGGUGUCAUCAAAUCGCCUUCGUUGACCUUCAAGUCCGCGGACGACAAGGAGGUCAUAGGCACGGGCACGCUGCAUGCGGUCUCGAUCAAUGCCAAGUACGAAGUCCAUGGGCGCGCAGGCACACUCAAGGCCCUGGCGCGGCUCAAGACGCGAUACACCCACCUGUCGUACGCGUACUCGGACGAUCCUGAGACUCCUGUGGCUAUGAAUUGGACGAGCAGCUGUGGCUUGAAGAAUUGGGACUUCAUAUGUUUGGACGAGGCGCAGGAUCCCGUGGCCAAGUUCUCGAUCAACGUCUGGGCCCUGCGCAAGUUUGGUCAGUUCGAAUUCCUCGGUGAAAAGGCGAGCAAUAGCGUUGCGCUUCGGGAUGAACUGGUGGUGACCGGCUUCACCUUAUUUUAUUUGAUGUACCUGCGGACAAACAACAUUUUCUCGUUGGUGGGUGCGGCGAUUGCGAAACCUGGGCCGAUUGACAUUGAGAAGGAGAAAGAGAAGCAGAAGCAAAAGGAGCAGGGUGAAGCUGCUGAUGUGAAAUGA